AUGGCUACUGGGGCCUUCUGUGGGGUGGCUCCUUUCUUCUUCCGUAGGAAGAUUCCUGGAUUUGAGGGAAAAGCAAUACCUCAUGCAAAUAAAUCAAAUAAUGCAUCAAAGAUUAUGAAGGCCAUGAACGGUUCACCAGUUCGCAAAUCAUGCGAGGUGGCAGGCAAUUUUUUAAUGAACAUGGAGUUCAAGAACAAGAUUUCUACCUUUAGAGACUUGCUUGAUCUGCCUCCUUGUGUUGGCUUUGCUUCAGUGAAUGAGCUGCUGAUAUGGACCCUGAAGGAUCUAUUGAAAUUGUAUCCUAUGGUCAAGCCAAAUAUAACGGUGUCAGAACUUGAGGGAGCCUCAAUACAUCAGGGUCUCAAAUUCUUCUGUGAUGCUCUGAAAUCACUUGGAAACCUGUGGAAAAAUAGCGGAGAAUGGAUGGUCAACGCCAAAUAUGAUGCAUCAAUAAAAUUAGACCAAAUUGGCCUGGAACAAAUUGCAUUGGCAAUGCUUGAAGAGAUCAUCAAGCUGGCAAGAGAAAGGCUCUUUGAUAUGAUGGAUGAUGAUGAAGACAUGAGAGGCUACAGUCCUCCAACAAAUGCAUUUGGAAAGGCUUUCUCCGAAUCUUAUUCAGAUAACAAGAAUUCCGUUUCUAGCUCUCCUGCAACCCCAACUUCAAUCCUUCCAGAAAUGAGGAAAUUCUCGAGUAAGGGCGAGAAGAUGUCUUAUUCUCCACCUAGGCUCCUACCACUGAGAGUUCAGGCAGUUGAAAAACUGAACCCCAUUGACUUAAAGCGCUUAUCGUUGCACAUGUUCCAUCACACAGAAGCUCAAGAUCUAAAAUACUCAAUCCAGGUAAGGACAGACAAGCAACAGCUAGAGUUACAAGAAAAGUGUAAUUCUGAAGGGAAAGAGGAUGACGUCAAUGAGGUUAAUCAAGAUUUUGAGAUGCUGGAUGAUAUGGAAAAGAUUGAUGACAUUAACCAAGAAUGUGAAAUGAAAGAUGAUGUUACAAAGAUUCUGGUUACUAAUUCAACGGGGGUGAGAGGGAGUAAAGGAAGAAACGGGCUUGGCUCUCCACGUAUUCAAUUAGUGGCUGCUCCUGACACUCGGACAAACGAAGAUAUUAAAAUGGUUUUGCCACCAACAUCCUCUAACUUGCAAUCAAAUGAUGCAGAGCCACUAGAAACUUCUCUAAAAUCACCACCCAUGUCACCACCAAAUGCAGUAAUGUAUCAAUUAUCAGAACCACCUCCACUGCCCCCAUCACAAUUGAUGUCCCCAGAUAAAAAGGAAUCCAUUCCAGUGGCCCCAUCACCAGGACCACUCCCUAACUUGCAAUCAAAUGAUGCAGAGCCAGAAGUAACUUCUCCAACAUCACCACCCAUGUCACCACCAAAUGCAGUAAUGUAUCAAAUACCAGAACCACCUCCACUGCCUCCAACACAAUCAACAUACCCAGAUAGAAAAGUAGCAAUACCAAUGGCUCCAUCACCACCACCCGUACCACCAUUAUCACCCAUUACAUCAAAGAGCAAAGUAUUGCCAGCACCUCCACCGCCACCGCCACUAUCACCCAUCAGGUCAAAAAGCAAAGCCAUGUCAGCACCUCCGCCUCCUCCUCCUCCACCACCACCGAUGACUUCAAGAAACACGGCUGCAAUCCUUACACCAUCACCACAGGUGAUAUUGGGAAACAUGUCAACUCCACUCCCACCGCCCCUACUCCCUGUUAUGUCUAAAAAUCUGGCAUUUCCCCCACCACCACCACCCCCUAUGUCAUUAAAAAAUGGUGCACCACCACCGCCACUGCUGCCCAUGGCAUCAAAAAAUGGUGCACCACUACCCCCACCUCCACCCAUAUCAACAUUGAAGGGAGUUGUGCCGUUAACUGGAGCUGCUCCGCCACCACCUCCGGGCCUUGCAGGCGCCAAAAACCUCCUUCCCAAGAAAGCAACCACAAAAUUGCGGAGAUCCUCUCAGAUGGGUAAUCUGUAUCGACUUCUGAAGGGGAAAGUAGAAGGAUCAAGUCUUGAUGGUAAAUCAUCAGGAAGAAAGGGUAAGAUUGGUGCCUCCGCCUCAGGAAAGCAAGGAAUGGCUGAUGCAUUGGCAGAGAUGACAAAAAGGUCAGCAUACUUCCAACAAAUUGAAGAGGACGUGAAGAAUUAUGCCGAGUCAAUUAAGGAGGUGAAAGCUGCAAUCAAUUCAUUCCAGACAUCUGACAUGCAUGAGCUCUUAAAAUUCCACGAAUACAUUGAAUCUAACCUUGAGAAGCUGACUGAUGAAACACAGGUGCUAGCAAGAUUUGAAGAUUUUCCUCAAAAGAAGUUGGAAGCAUUGAGAAUGGCAGCAGCACUAUACUCCAAAUUAGACUCAACUGUCAAUACUUUACAGAACUGGCCAGUAGUCCCCCCUGUUGGUCAACUCAUAGACAAGGCAGAGAGUUACUUUAAUAAAAUCAAAAUAGAAAUGGAAGGACUGGAGCGGACUAAAGAUGAAGAAUCCAAGAAAUUUAAGAGCCACAAAAUCAAUUUCGAUUUCGGCAUCCUUAUACGAAUCAAGGAAUUGAUGGUAGAUGUUUCUUCAAGUUGCAUGGAGCUGGCACUUAAGGAGAAGAGAAAUGCCAGUGCAGAAGAAAAUCAAGAAUCCAAAUCUGAAGGGAGGAAAAAAGGAUCUGCUAAAAUGCUCUGGAAGGCCUUUCAGUUUGCAUUCAGAGUUUACACCUUUGCUGGUGGACACGACGACCGUGCUGACAAGCUGACAAGAGAACUUGCCAAUGAAAUUGAGACCAAUAAUCAGUAA